AUGUCGUUCCUCGACCGGUUUCGCGCUGCGGCUCAGAAGGCAGGCGUUCAAGCUAACGCUUUUGCCCAACAGACUAGCCGGACCAUCAACGAGCAAGCAGCUUCCGCGCGUGCUGGAUUCUCUUUACCAAAGGAAUGCGAUCGUGCGGCCACAAUCCUGCAGGCGUUCUUGGCUGAUCCUGGCCACCCGGAUUCGGCACUCAACUCGAUUCCGAAAGCUGUGCUGCAGCAGGCGAAAGGUUUGGCCGUAUUCAGCGUUAUCAAAGCCGGUUUUGUGUGGUCAGGCAAGAUCGGGAGUGGUGUAGUGAUCGCACGUUUGCCAGACGGUAGCUGGUCCGCGCCCAGCUGCAUCGGAACCGGUUCGGUUGGUCUAGGUCUUCAAAUUGGUGCCGACAUCACCGAGUUUGUGGUGGUAAUGAACAGCGACGAAGCGAUCAAAGCGUUCGCGUACGCCGGAAACCUCACUCUUGGAGGCAGCCUUUCCGCCGCCGCUGGACCCAUCGGUACCGGUGCCGCGGUUAACCUUGCGGUUCGCGACCCGGCGCCUCUGUUCACCUAUUCGAGAUCCAAAGGUCUCUUCGCGGGUAUCUCGUUGGAGGGAACCGUGCUGGUCGAGAGAAAGGAAACCAACAAGGACUUCUACGGUCAGCCCAUUCCCGCUCUGGAUCUGUUGACAGGUAAAGUGCCUGCGCCCGAAGCAGCGAGUGCGAUGUACGAGGUUGUCGAGGCGGCCGAGAUGGUGGAUGAAACUGGAGUGCCUCAGCAGAGCUACGUUCCAGCUGGUCAGCAGGGCGCUACGGGAGGUGUAAGCGGGUACGAUCUUGGUGGCGACCACAUCGCGCCUGUAGCAACGCCAGCCGGGUCCACGACAGCUCCAGCAGCUGCCACACCGACAGCAACCACCGAAACCAACAAAUCGGUCUUUGACGCCGAGAAACCCUAG